UUCCGGACUCCCCUUGCUCUCUCCGUUCCGGCCGACUUGAACCCUGUCCCCAAUCUGGACAAGUUCGAGGUGUACUUCCUACGUCUCAGGACAAACAAGUUUGUUGUUGCCGACCACGUCAAGGGCAUGAUGCUUAUGGUGAAGCUCCCUUCCAACAUGGAUCUGAUGAUCCAGCUCUACAUCGCUGGCUUUAAGCCUGCGACGGGCAAGACUGCGAUCGAGGCGAUCACCCUUGCUGGGAUCCGCCAGCAGGUCGUACUCCAUUGGGAGCAGCGUCAAGGUCGCCAGGGCCAAUCGCGCGCAAGUGCGAACAAGCUCAGCGCUGUCAAGCGCAAGGGCCCCGACCCUUCCUUCCGCCAGCAGCAGCAGCGCCCUCAGGGGCAGCAGCAGCAGCAGCAGCAACAGCAGCGCCCUCAAGGGCAGCAGCAACAAGGUCGCCCUCGUAGGCAAUGUGGUGGACGCAGUCAUCGACAGCAGCAAGGGUCCGGACGUGGUGCUGGAUCCACGCGCCCUCCUGCGCAAGCUGAGGAGCGUGAUAUUCUAGAAACCUCCGAGCGCAUUCGGACGUUAGAGAACCUUGUGCGGCAGCUGCCCACUUCAACAGGUUCCUCGAAGACCUCCUCCGAAACAUUGCGCGAGACGGAAACCGUCUCCUCGGACGUCCCCGGUGCGUCCAUCAGCCUGUCCAGCCCAGACACCAGCCGCCAACCAUCUCCAAUCAGGAGUGGAACCGCCACGUUAAGGCUUGGACGUACGAAGGCACCAAGUCCUCUAACAACGGAUGGGGAAGACCCCCUGUUCUCGGACGAAGGAGAGCCGGUGCCGCCGCCCAAGCGCAAACGCACACUCAAGGAGCGGCUCGCUCCAACACUUAGGGAGUGUCUGGACGAUCUCAUGGACGAGGCGGACAAUGCUGUGUCUCUCGGCCUAACUGAUGCUGAGGAAGAGAUCAACGAUUUGAAAGGACAUGUGUCGCAAGUUCUUCUCGUAGAAUAG